CUUUAAUCUCUGGGUGUGCCUAGGAGACCAAAUUUUAAACAAGCUUAUGCUUCGCUCGCAGUGGGUUGCAUUUCUUCUAAGUACAACAAAGACAUAACGCAGUUCUCUUUCGUCCAGGAUGUUCUGGGGUGUGACAAGAGCUCUUGAUUUACAACACGUUUUAUAUACAAAUCAGCCCAAACGUGUUGGAGACAAUCUCAUUCCAGAUGAGUUACCAGAAAGAACACCUUUGAAUAUUUUGCUUAUCGGAACUAGUGAUGCUAGACACGUAAUAAAAACCUUAGCAAAGUCGUACACGCAUAGUAAAAGACACGUUAGAUUUUUUGUCUAUGAACUUCAUCUUGAAGUGCUUGCACGUCAGAUGUUGCUGCUAUCCGUGGCUCUUGAACCUCCUGAGAAACUGGGUCUUUUAGAAAAGACGAGGAUCUUCAUGGAGCUAUACGGAAAUGCAUUCCUCAGAGCAAGCACGGCCUCAUACCUAUCGAAAAAAUGUAAUCAUCUAAUACGUAUGAUAACUGACGAAGAACAUAUGAAAAAAGUUCUACCAUUAUUCGACUUCAGCCACUUAAAAUAUCGAGACCGCGAUCGCUUGGAAGAUAUUUUCAAAUUCUGGAGAUCGCUUGAUAGUAGUUUCGAUAUGACCGAUCUCUGGGAUAAAAGGCUGCGUAAUAUGUUGGGUUCACGAUACGACUCAAGAGAAGGGGUAUUUGAUUGGGACUAUUAUAUGGUUCUGAAAGACCGUGGCAGUGAAUACAUUAAUUUCCAGGAAUACAAACAAUUCAGAACCAAUGGCGUUGGCUUUACGUGGCUGGAAACAGAGUACGCUAUUAGCAAUCCUACACUCGCCGCUUAUGUCAUCAGAAUGGAAGGAAAACUCCGACAUCACGGAUACAUUGGCGAUGUUGUCAGUGGCCCAUUUUACGCAUUUGGAAUGGAAACCGACCAGACAGAUAUGAAUCGUAAAUCUAACGGCGUGUAUAUGAAGAAAGCAACUGAUAUCUCUGAAAGAAAUCUGAUGCAAUAUUUCCAUGAACUGCAGAAUAAGUCUCCGUACGUCCAUGUGCCAGUGAAAGGAGAAACGAACAGUGGAGUCGUUAUUACAGAAAUAACAAGUGCUCCAUUGGUCUCAGAGGACGACAAGGAUAUGAAAGUUACGAAGGUACCCGUGUCAAAUGCUUCUGCGGAAGAGCAUGAAACAAUACCGGUUGAAAAUGGUACAGUGAUAUUUUUGACAAGUCCAGAGAAAGUAGAUUGUCUGCAAAAACGCGAAUUCAAGGGGUUAUUUGACAUUAUCGUUGUAUCACAAAAUAUGACACAUGUGCUGAGUAAAGAAACACUAUCUGUAGCGAGUAAGGAUGCGACAGUAAUAAUUGAGAGCAGGAAGUAUCUUUUAUCACUAACAAAGGACCACCUGAAAGAAUAUUCAGAUACACUCGAAGAAAAAGCACAGCUUUGCAACUUCGAGAAGAUACAUAAUUUUGAUCCAAAAAGCGACGAGUAUGCAUUUUUCAGGAUGAGACAUCCAUGUGAAGAAUAAUCACAUCAAGAAUUUUGUUCAUGGUUAUCUGUGUUCUGUCAAGGAACCAUCACUUUCUCAAUACUUUAUUUUCACAUGUUGUUAUUAAAUGUGCCUUCUAAGUAACCAAGAAGGCCUAGGUAUUGUAGGUGAGACAUUUACAGCUCAUUUGCGUACGUAGUCAGCUUUCCACCUUUCCGGAGUAAAUUGGAAGAAGUAAUUUGCUUUCAUGUCUUGUGUGUUUGAAAUUGAAGUAUUAAUUGCCUUAAGAAUAAUAUAUAUUGUGGACGAAGUAUAUGUAGGCCCACUUUUAUAGACUAUUUUAUUGGA